UUAUAAGAAAUUUACAAAUAAAUGUGUGCACUAAAGUUAUAAUAUUUAUAAAAUAAAUAUAUUUAUAAAAUUAAGAUAUGCGUACUUUGACAGCUGAAUUUUGGUGACAGCUGGAAACAGAGACUGGUUUAACGUUUGGUUUUUUAACAAAUAAGUUGUACAAUUCUUCAAAAUAUUCACAUUUUAUUGGAGCUGACCCAGUGCUCUUAGGUCCCAUAUUGUCCUUUUUUUUUUUUAAAUAACAGCGCUCCAUGUAUUUCAUUUUAUCUUUACACUGGCUGGAUGAAAAUUCAUAGCUAGCAGUUUUCAUUUCUGUAGCUAUUUUUUUCCACACUGCUUCAGCUUUUAUCAUUGUAGAUGUAAAUUGUAUUUCAUAUUUAUUAUAUAAAUCAAUGAGUAAUAAUGUGCUUUUAUGAGUCCAUGUAGCUUUACAUGAUGUGCCACUUGCAUUUAACAUGUCAUCAAAAUGUUUAGGAUUGCAAUUUUCCUGAGUUUCGAUUUGUGUUGCAAUUUCAUUAGAUGGUUGUCAUGAUAUAAAUACAAGGGUAUGCUCUUCCGAUGGACGAGUUUAGAACAUUCUUGCGCAGUAGCCUGCUUACGUCAUGGCUUACGUCACAUUUGUACAGCCUCGGCUACGUUCAAAUCACUUCGGCGCAAAAAAAUAUGGCUGCAGCAGGCAUGUAAUGACACAUGGGUUGUUGCUUUUUAAAUUUUGUGUACUGUGCGCUGUGACAAUGAGUGCUUGUGCAGUGAAAGGUUGUAACAAUUCUUACCAAAAAAGAAUAAUAAUAGAAGGAAAGCCAGUGAAAUAUUUUAGGUUUCCCAAAGAUAACGCAAUUGCUGUAAAAUGGCGUGAAGUGUGCAAAAAUGGUGUAAAUAUGACUUAUGGAAGGAUAUGUUCUAAACACUUCGACGCAUCGUGCUACGACAAGCCUGCACAGCAUAUAGCUUUGAAUUAUUCUCCUUUAAGAGGACGAAAGUUAAGAUUGGAUGCAAUCCCCACAUUGCAUUUAUUUUCAGAAUUGCAUGUGGUUAAAAGACUAGAUGCAUGUGCCAAAGAUGUACCUAAAACAAUAUCGGAUUGUAUUACCGAAACAACACCAUCAACGACAACUCUCAAAAUAAUAUCAGAGAGUAUUGCUGAAACAAAACCAUCAUCAACUGCUCAACCCGUAAUAUUGGAUAGUAUUGAAGGAGAUACAAUAACAACAGUUACUACUGCAGAUUAUUCUACGCUAGUGUAA